CCACCACACACACACUCCGAUCUCAAUCUCGCUGUACAGAAAAAACCAAAGAGAGAAAUCACGACCCGGCAUCUGACCCGAAAACCCGGAAGACACACGAAAAAACCAUGGGCAAGGACGGAUUGAGCGACGACCAGGUCUCCUCAAUGAAGGAAGCCUUCAUGCUCUUCGACACCGACGGCGACGGCAAAAUCGCGCCGUCGGAGCUCGGGAUCCUGAUGCGAUCCCUCGGCGGGAACCCGACCCAGGCCCAGCUGAAAUCCAUCGCCAACUCCGAGAGCCUCACGUCUCCGUUCGAUUUCGAGAGGUUCCUCGAUCUGAUGGCGAAGCACCUGAAGACGGAGCCGUUCGAUCGCCAGCUCCGAGAUGCUUUCAAGGUGCUCGACAAGGAAGGGAGUGGAUUCGUGGCGGUUGCGGAUCUGAGGCAUAUAUUGACGAGUAUCGGGGAGAAGCUGGAGCCGAAUGAGUUCGAUGAGUGGAUCAAGGAGGUGGAUGUUGGAUCCGAUGGGAAGAUCCGGUACGAGGAUUUCAUUGCCAGGAUGGUUGCUAAGUAGUGAGGAUCUUUUAUGAUCUUGUUUGUCACUUUUGUUUUGGAAUGUUACUAACUUUGUUUCGUUUGUUAUGGAGAUGAUGUGUUGUGGUGAUUCGUUGAAGUUUUAAUCUUUAUGCGUUUGUAGUUCGUUGGUUUUUGGAUACAAUGAAUGUAAUCGAGUCCAAAUGUGUUUGCUUU